AUGGCAAAGAACGAUGAUCAAAUAUACAUCCAUUAUGGAAGGCCAAACAGCAAGGAUCAAAACUCAAAUUUGGGCUACAGUGUGUUUACGAUCCGGCUACACAAUGAAAAAAUUGUUUUCCUUCCAGUGCGACAGUCCAAGCCAGCCAUCAUGGAUCCUAUAUCCGUCCAGUGUUACAGUGUCCUUGCAGUCAAGGGUAACGAGCAAGAACCCGUGCCUUUACUGUCUAUGCCAAUGAUUCCGAAUCCGAGCCCUAUCCAGAGUGACAGGGCAACCAUCAAAGAUCCGAUCUCCAUCCAUGUUUUCACCGCCCAGGUCGAAGAACAAGGAUUUCAUCUCCAUCCACGGUUACAGAUUAUUCUAGUGUUUACACAGUCAAAGCCAAACUAUAAAGCCUCUGUUGCCCGUCCAGGUUCUCCAUCAAAACCAACGAGUAAUGCUCUAUCAUACAUCCAGGGUAUGAGAUACACAUGUCUCGUUUAG